AUGAAGCAAUUCGAAGGGAAAGUCGCCUUGGUCACCGGCUCAAGUAACGGCAUUGGUCGAGGGAUCGCUGUUCAUUUUGUCAAAAAUGGAGCUAAAGUGACGCUGACUGGGCGAAGUGUAGAAGCGUUGGAGGAAGCCAAGAAAGAGUGCGUGGAAGCUGGCGCAAGUGAUGGAGAUCUUCUCAUUCUCCCGGGAAAUCUCGGAGAAGAGGAAUUUAUGGAUAAACUGAUCAAUGAGACUGUCGAGAAAUUCGGUCGCUUGGAUUUUUUGAUCAACAAUGCUGGAGUGAGUGAUGAAGAUUUUUCGGGGAAACAACCGGGUUUCUUCUCUCAAGACCUGCAGAGUUAUGACUACAUUUUGAAGAUCAACUUGAGAUGUGUUAUAUAUCUGUGUCGCCAAAGUGCUCCCCAUUUGGAAAAAGUGAACGGAGCAAUUGUGAACAUUUCCUCGAUUGCCGCAUCCGAAGUUCAAGGGUGUGGCUUCUCCUACUACUCUGUCUCAAAAGCGGCUCUCGAUCAAUUAACUCGAAAUCUUGCCUUGGAAAUGAUUCGACGAGGAGUUCGCGUUAACGGAAUCAAACCGGGUGCGGUGAGAUCAACAAUAAUGCUGAAACAGGGAGCAGAUCAAAGUGUGAUUGAUAAGAUUCACGAUGAUUGCAGCAAUCGUUUCGAUAUGAUUCCGGCUCGUUUCGUGGCCGAUCCGAUCGAUGUCGCCAAAUUGACCGCUUUCCUUUGUGAUAAUGAUCAAUCUCGUUACCUCAUCGGUCAAUCAAUCCGUCUUGAUGGUGGUUCUUCUCUCGUCAACACGAUGCUUUUGGGCAGUUUUGCCGAAUACAAAAAUUCGGACUACGAGAUU